AUGGAAAAGAAAACUCUCCCUUAUACUAUUCAUGAUUGGUCUAGUUAUUCUGGAAAAUAUCAUCCGUACUAUAUUGCAAAACAUGAACCUCGAAAAGUCGACAGCCGCUGGAGUUGCGCAAACUCAAAAUUCUUUUCAAAAUUAGAUGUGCAGUACGUUCUGUUAAAAUUAAAAGAACCGUGCGUGGUCACGGACAUUUCGUUUGGAAAAUACUGUGCACCGCAUCUCUGUAACUUGAAAGAAUUUGCUGUCUAUGGAGGGAGAGAUCAGUGGCAUCUUCGACUACUUUUAAAAGCAGGUCUUACCAAUGACUCAAAUACAGAAGCCUUCAUCCUUCAGUCGCAAAAAGAAAACCCAAGCCUUUUUCCAUUCGUUUGUAAAUAUAUCAAAAUUGUUCCUUUACAGGCACACGCUCCUGAAUUUAACCUUAGUAUAUGGUAUGUUGAACUUCAUGGAUAUAAUGCUCCCCAUUGUUUGUCGACGAUUGAAAAACAACGAGUUAAGGAACUCGAAACAAAAGCAAUAAAAUAUUUGCUUUCUUAUUUUUUAUAUAAAGGCAACAGUCAGGUCUGUUCAGCUAUUGCUCACCAUUACCAAAUUCCGUAUAUGCUUUCGCCAUUAAACCUGCUUUACAAUGCUAUUUGCGAGUCAGGCGACUUGUGUAAAGCCAUUAUUUUAUUUAAAGAGAAAGUCUGGAAGGAAAUAAGUCAGAAAUGGAGGAAGGAAGCGCAGCCAAAAUUACUUGCUCAGGAGAUAUCUAAGCUCGGACGUGGAUUUGGUUCUCGAAGUGGACACCAGAUGGUUUAUAAUUCCCAAGACAAGUGUAUUUACCAUUACGGUGGAUGGGACGGAAUUGAGACGUUUUCUGACUUUUGGAAAUUCUCCGUCGAAACUCAAAGUUGGAGUCUCUUAGGAUCUAACCAACCUCCAGGAAAACGUGUAUGUCAUCGAAUGAUAUUAGAUUCUUCGCGUCAAUGUAUUUAUUUACUCGGUAACUAUUUUGGCACUGCAGGAGGAAAUCUUGUAAGCCCAGACGUCAAGCCAGAUUUUUGGAAAUACAAUAUAAAAGAAGGAUUGUGGACUUGCUUGUCGAAAGACACGUCUUUAAUGCUAGGUCCAAUGGCUAUCUUUGACCAGGCUAUGGCCUUGAACGAAAAGGAGAAUAUACUGUAUAUCUGCGGAGGAUGCAAAUGGGAUCCAGGGGACUUGGUUUUUGAGACCUUUUAUUUAUAUUAUGUAGAUUAUGGCAUUUGGGAAAGAAAGGUUAUUGCUUUUAAAUCUUUGGAUGCCAAUAUGAAAUUGCUUACCGAAAGGAUGGGCCACUGUAUGGAAUACGCAGUAGAUGAAGGUCUUCUUUAUAUCUUCGGUGGGCAAACGCAUGACCAACAAUUUCUCGCAGACAUGCAUAUCAUUGACACUUCCACCUGGGAAGCACAAAGCUACGACUGGUCUCAACGUGACAAGGAUUGUCCUUAUCCGGCAUUUUGUCAAAGGAGUUCACUUGAUGAAGAAAACAAGAGGAUUUUUGCUUUCUAUGGAUAUGAGCAACGGGAGUAUCACAAAAUAUUACAACCAAGUAUAUGGGCUUAUUAUAUCGAACAGAAACAGUGGAAAAAGGUUAUAGAUAUAAAUGAAAAAAUCGGUGAUCCACAUCCUUGUGCAAGGUUCGGUCAUGCUUUGGCAGUCAAUUGGGAAACUGGAACAUUUUACAUAUCCGGAGGAAAUGCUAGCUCCCAUCCCUUAAAACCGAUGAAACUGAAAGACUUUUGGAAACUCCAAAUCAACGAAGAAUGGGGUCAAGAUACAAUUUAUGAACAGAUCCUAUUAGAACUGUACAUUCAAAGGUUUUACGAGCUAAAAUAUAAGGAUCCAGUAGAGGCCGUAUAUUACCUACAAACUGAAUUACAGCCAAAGUUUAAACAAAGUCAAACGUUUUGGGUUGGAAUCAUUACAGGAUUCGAAGAUUUAAGGAGACUUCGGAUGGAAACUUUUGAAAAAAUUUGUGACCUUCUUCCUCAUUGUGAAGAUGAAAUAAUACCAAGUGACACAUUAUUGAAUAUGGUUGAGCUAUUCUAA